AUGGCUAACCCCCCACAACCGUCAGAACCAGGCGGCUUCUUCACAUCUCAAACUCUCCCAUCGCCCGCGCCCAGCAGCGCCUCAGCCCGCUCCAGCGCAGCUCUUCCACAUCCUCGCGCCAGAUCGCUCCGACCUGGAUCGAACAAAGAAGAAACGGUGCGUAGAUAUGUCGAGGAACGCCUGGCCAUAGUCAACCGUCGCUAUGUUAAGAAGCAUGGGAACCCGGAGCCCGGUGAUCAGGUCAUCGGCUACAAGACCUUUGCUGAGCUCUGCAAAGACCUUCACGGCGUCAUUGACGUUCUGUGGCUAUCUGGAACUCUCUUGAAGAAGCUGGAUCACUGUUUUGCAAGUCUCCUUACCGGCCACGAUAUAGAGACAAAGGACACGCUACCCGGCUUCGAGAACGGCAUGCGCGCAGGCAUGUCCACAACGGAUAUGGUCCGCUGCCGGAGUUCCGUGGAACAGACCAGGCUGGUCAUUGUCGAGGUCCUUAGCAAGGAGCCAGACGAGGACGAAGAAAUGGAAGGGGACGAGAGUGAGACGGACGCGACGAUGGGCAACGACACCGAAAAUGAAGGUGCAACCGGCUCGGCAUGGGCUGGAGACGACGACGGAUUUUAUAUGGAUGCAGCACGAGUCUACGAGCAUACCAUUGUCCAGCUGGGCGAGAAGUUGGGCGAUGUUUUUGGGCCCGCGGUCCCGGGCGCGAGCGAUAACACUUUAUGUUCUGCGGGCUCGUGA